AUGACUCUCCCUCAAGAUCCCAAGGAGAGAGCCACCACUUCAUCCUUACUUCAUGGACCUCUUCGUCUCAACUUCAGUGGGGAGUCAGCACGCGAACGCGCCAAAGGCAAUCGCCCAGACAAAGUCUACAGGUGGUCCCACGAGAAGAACGGUACACUGGCCAGUAAUGUCUCCAGAGUGAAGCAUGUCGUGCAUGCCGACAACCAAGACCUCAUACUACAAGAUCACAACGCUUUCCAAGGGCGUGGUACCCUCCAAGCGCCUCUGGAUUUCACGAAGGAGCGCAUAAUGAAACAUCUCGACGCAAGGAUGACCGGACCCAAUCCUACUCCGUUCAUUUCCACAACUAGUAGGCUCGCACUGGCCGAGAAGAAGGUGAAACAUCUACAUGACAAGACCAGGAAGGUUCCGCGCUGUCUCGUCGUCACAUCCCUUGACAUCUCCAAGAUUGUCCCUGCGACUCUCACAGCCAAUAUGACGACUACCACUAAUGGGCACACGACCGAGCACAAGGACACCGACCACAUUGAAGAAAAGGUAUACGAUGACCUGGAGAUCCCGAUAUGGGUUCUUUUCCAAGAUGAUUACGAAGGACCUGCACACGAGCGCCCGGACUGUGAGGUCAACGACGUCUUGGAUGCUGGCGGUAUCUUCUGGUUCUCAGUGAAUGAGUUGAAGGUGUCGGAUCUGCGUGUAUGGGCGGGCGACGACCACAGGGGUGAAUGGUUAGCCGUCAGCAGCAUCCCCAAAUCUCUCAUCGUCAGAGCUAUGCCCUUCGAUGGCAUGGUUCUGCACACAUCGAAGACCGCCGAAGUCAUCCAAGCCCGCGGUAGCCCGGAACCCUAUCUUUGGAAUCAUGACAACGUCUGUUGGGAUCACAUGCCGGGUCACACCAAGCACAGCGAUCUCGCGGACUACCGUCCUUAUCGUGAUUCGAAGUUUGGCGAUAAGCGGAUCAACGAUGAUGCAAAGAUCGCCGCUGCGAUGACAGAGAACAUCAUGACCAACUUCAAGCGUUUCAGACGUGCCAACAUCGAUGAUGCUGUGCGCCCUGAUGCCGCAAAUGACUUGGACGACGCAGCUACUCGAACACCCGAGAACAUGUCGAUUGAAGUAGUCAUCACUGAUCCUCUGCUUGCACGGCACAGGUUCGUACUUCGUCCCCAAGAUUACGAGUCUUGA